CACCACUUUUCACAUUCAGCUAACCUGCAAAACCACUCUCUCUCUCUCUCUCUCUCUCUCUCGCUCACUGUUACUUACAAACACAACACAGCAAUCUGUAUUGGGUUCUUCUUUUCCUUUGAGGAAACACAAAUUAAGGUCCAGAGGAAACAGUUUAACGUUUACAAUUUUAGGAUAUAAUCUGGAGAUGGAAGACAAAAUUGAACAUAGAGGGGAAGAAAGGGUUGAAAAGGAAGAAUCCCAUGUAGCGAUCAAGACCAAGGAUGCACAACCAGGUGACUUAAAGAAGGAGAAGGCUGAGGUGGAACUUGAAUUAAAGACCAAGUCAGUGGUAAAAGAGAAGCCAAAACAUAAAAAGGAUGAGGAGAAACAUAUUGAUAAAGACGAGGAGAAAUCAAAGAAGAAGGAGAAAGACAUAACCAAGAAGGAAAAGAAGAAAGAAAACAACAGUGGCAAAGAGAAGGACAAGGAAGAGAAAGAGAGCAACGGGGAUAAAAAGAAGGAUAAGGAAGAGAAGAAGAAGAAAAAGGAGAAGAACAAAGAUAUUAUAGGCUUAGAAGAUAAAGAAGAUGAUAGAGAGGGGGAAGAAAGAGAUAAAAAGAAGAAAAAUAAAAAAGAGAAGAAGGAAAAGGGUAAAGAUUUAGACAAAGGGGAAGAAGAGAUUGAAGGCAAGGAUGAUUAUAAACACAAAGAGAAAGAUAUGGAUGAAAAAGAGUUGAAGAAGGAAAAGAAGGAUAAGGUCAAGGUGAAAGAAGAUGAAGAGAAAAGGAAGGACACAGAUAAAAAAGAGGAGGAUGCGGAUAAUGUGGAUGAGGAAAAUGAAGGGAAUAAGAAGAAGAAGAAAGAGAAGGAUGGGAAGGGACAUGAGAAUGAUGAUGAUGAAACAGAGAAGAAAAAUGAUGAGGAAAAGGUCGAUGACAUUAAAAAAGAAGGGAAGAAGAAGAAAGAUGUGGAGGACAAAAAGAAGAAACACAAGGGUGAUGAUGAUGAGAAGGAGAAGAAAAAGGAUGAGGAAAAAGACGAUGACAACAAACAAAAAGGGAAGAAGCAGAAAGAUGAGGAGGAGAAAAAAAAGAAACACAAGGGUGAUGAUGAUGAGAAGGGGAAGAAAAAGGAUGAGGAAAAAGACAAUGACAGCAAAAAAGAAGGGAAGAAGAAGAAAGACAAAGAUGAUAAAAAGAAGAAACACAAGGGUGAUGAUGAUGGCAACAAGAAGAAGAAGGACAAGAAAAAAGAAGAGAAAAUAGACAAGAAGGAGAGUAAGGAGAAACACAAUAAUGUAGAGGAUGAGGAAAAGACCAAGGUUGAAGUUACUUCUAGGGAGAUUGAAAUAGAGGAACAUGUCAAGGAAUCAGAGGGUGAAAUGGAGGAACAGAGCCAGAAAGAUGAAGUAAAGGAGGGUAAAGAGAAGAAAGACAAAGAUGAAAAGGAGAAGGGCGAGAAGAAAAGAAAAGUUGAUAAGAAGGACAAGUCCAAGGAUGUUGGAAAGUUGAAACAGAAGCUAGAGAAGAUUAAUGGCAAAAUAGAAGCCCUUCAUGAAACAAAGUUAGACAUCACGAGGCAGAUAAAAGAAGCUGAAGGUGAAAGUCUCACUCUUGCUGAGAAGCCCACAGAUGCGGCACUGGCGGCCACUGAUGCAGCAUAAAACCUCUGUGGUAGUGCAUUUCAGCUCUCCACGGUCCAUACUUUGCAAUCUAUGUUGUAUUUAUAUGUUGUGUGAAUAAAGGGUGUUAAAAGUAAUGAAUAAAACUAAUCUGAAACAAAGUUAGACAUCAUGAGGCAGAUAAAAGAAGCUGAAGGUGAAAGUCUCACUCUUGCUGAGAGGCAAACAGAUGCGGCACUGGCAGCCACUGAUGCAGCAUAAAACCUCUGUGGUAGUGCAUUUCAGCUCUCCAUGGUCCAUACUUUGCAAUCUAUGUUAUAUUUAUAUGUUGUGUGAAUACAGGGUGUUAAUAGUAAUGAAUAAAACUAAUCAGUUAUGUUUUAUUUACAUGUGGAAGCUAAUGUUUUGUAUGAAACUAAGAUUACAACAACCUCCCAUUCUGGUGAGUGUUUGUUAGGGUACUGCAAAUAAUGGUAAGCUGUAGCAAGCAAGUUUGCAUGAGUAA